AUGGGGGCUGAGGUUUCUUCAAAGCCGGCUGCCUCUACUAUGAAGAAGCCUUUUGGCCUCAGCAGCAAGAUGGGCAAGUGGUGCUGCCACUGCUUCCCCUCCUGCAGGGGGAGUAGCAAGAACAACGUAGACUCUGGGGGAGACCACGACGACAUCGCCUUUUUGGAGCCAAGGUAACACAUCCGUCGAGAAGAUCUGGGCAAGUUCCACAGAGCUGCCUGGUGGGGUAAAGUCCCCAAAGGGGAUCAGAGGCGGAAUUGUGAGGAUGAAGAGCAGCGGUACUUAUAUAGUUGCUUAAAGUUUAAGUUGCUGACUGCUCUACAUUUGGCCUGUGGGAAUUCAGAAGUAGUAAAACUCCUGCUGGAUAGAAAAUGUCAACUUCAUGUCUUUGACAGCAAAAAGAGGACAGCUCUAAUAAAGGCUGUACAAUGUGCAAUACUUUUGCUACGACGUGGUAUUGAUCCAAAUCUUCCGGAUGUGUAUGGCAAUACUGCCCUACACUAUGCUGUCUACAGUGAAGAUAGAUUAAUGCAAUUAAAUUAAACACUGCUUUUAUACAAUGCUGAUAUCAAAUCAAAAAACAAGGGUGGCCUCACACCACUUUUACUCGGUGUAUAUGGACAGAAACAGCAAAUGGUGGAAUUUUUAAUCAAGAAAAAAGCUAAUUUAAAUGCACUUGAUAGGUUUGGAAGAACUGCUCUUAUACUUGCUGUACGUUGUGGAUCAGCAAGUAUGGUUAGCCUUCUGCUUCAGCAAAAUAUUGAUGUAUUUUCUCAAGAUGUAUCUGGGUGGACUGCUGAAGAUUAUGCUGUUUCUAGUCAUCAUAAUAUAAUUUGCCAAUUACUUUCUGAUUAUAAAGAAAAACAGAUGCCAAAAAAAUGUUCUGAAAACAGCAAUCCAGAACAAGACUUAAAUCUGACAUCAGAGGAAGAGCCACAAAGGCUUAAAGGAGGUGAAAAUAGCCAGCAUGAGGCCAAUUUACUAACUCAUGGUCUGCUACAAAUAAAUGAUGACAGCAGUUUAAGUGAAAUAGAUGAGGAUGAAAGAAGCCCUGAAAAGAAAUUUAAUGAAAAGAACAAGGUCAAAAGCGAAAUACAUUCAGUGGAUGACCUUGAUGACAUAACGUGGCCAUCUGAAAUAGCCUCAGAGGAUUAUGAUUUGCUUUACCCUAAUUAUGAGACUUUUAUGUUGCUCACUGAACAACUCAAAAUGGAUUUUAAUGGUUCUACUAGCCUAUCAAAAAUCCAGGAUGCAGUUCUUUCAGAUGAACACUUAUUAGAACUUAAAAAUAAUCACUGUGAACAACUUACAGUAGAAAUUGAAAACAUGGAAAAUAUGAUUCAUGUACUACAAAAGAAGCUGUCUGAAACAAAAGAAACACAAUUACAGUUAGAGCAUGAAAAAGAUGAAUGGGAGCAAGAACUUUCCGCUUUGAGCCAUAAGAAAGAAAAAGAUCUCUUGCAUGAAAAUAGCAUGUUGCAGGAAGAAAUUGCCAUGCUAAGACUGGAACUGGAUAUAGUAAAACGUCAGAAUCAGCUAAAGGAAAAGAAGUAUUUUGAGGACAUUGAAAGUGUGAAAGAAGAGCAUGAUAAUCUUCUAAAGGCUAUAAAAUUGAAUGAGGAAGCAAAAACAGUAUUUCAGUACAAUGGACAGCUUAACAUCUUGACAACUGAGAAUAAAAUGCUCAGUUCUGAGCUGAAGAAUGUAAAAUACAACAAAGAAUGA